CUCCUGCGCCGCACAGGGGAGGCGCUGCGAGCUUUCCACACCGCCAUGAGGAGCUCCCCCGUUAACACGAAGAACCAGGCGAUGAAGGAGCAGGCCCAGGGCACCAUGCUUAAAGUCCUCACGUCUUUUAAAAGCAGUGAAAUAGAGCAAGCAGUGAAUUCCUUAGACAGAAAUGGCAUUGACUUGCUAAUGAAGUACAUUUAUAAAGGAUUUGAAAAGCCAACAGAAAAUAGCAGCGCAAUAUUACUUCAGUGGCACGAAAAGGCACUAGCGGUAGGUGGACUAGGUUCCAUAGUAAGAGUUCUUACAGCAAGAAAGACUGUUUAA